CGCGGGGAGCGGGCGAGCCGGCGCUGCGAGCCCGGGCUACAGGGGGACGCGCGGCCGCUGCCUGCACCGCCCCGCGCGUCGCCUGCGCCGCUCUCGGGGCCCAGCGAGGAGCGCAGCGUCCGGGGCCGAGCCGGCGGGACCCCACCGCGGAGGGCGCCGGUCCCGCUCCGCCGCUGCCCUCGGAGCCCGAGCCGGGGGCGCCAGCCGACCGCCCGGCCCGCGGGACGGAGAGCCGGGCGCGCAGGUCCCGGGCUUCGGGCAUGGUCUAGGACCGGCCGAAGUCCGCCGCGCCGCCGCCUGCUGGGGCUCGCCGCCUGCUGCGGAUCGCCCGGGGCGGCCCAGGCCGGAGAAGUUAGUUGUGCGCUGCGCCGCGGAGUGCGCCGAGCCAGCCAGCCAGCCAGCGACGCGGCCCGCGGGGCGCCGGGAGCAUGGGCUGGGGGAGCCGCUGCUGCUGCUGCCCGGGACGGCUGGACCUGCUGUGCGUGCUGGCGCUGCUCGGGGGCUGCCUGCUCCCCGUGUGCCGGACGCGCGUCUACACCAACCACUGGGCGGUCAAGAUCUCCGGCGGCUUCUCGGAGGCUGACCGCAUAGCCAGCAAGUACGGCUUCAUCAACAUAGGACAGAUAGGGGCCCUGAAGGACUACUACCACUUCUACCACAGCAGGACGAUCAAAAGGUCAGUUCUCUCCAGCAGAGGAACCCACAGUUUCAUUUCCAUGGAACCAAAGGUGGAAUGGAUCCAACAGCAAGUGGUAAAGAAACGGACAAAGAGAGACUAUGACCUCAAUCGUGCCCAGUCCACCUACUUCAACGAUCCCAAGUGGCCCAGCAUGUGGUACAUGCACUGCAGUGACAACACCCAUCCCUGCCAGUCAGACAUGAAUAUCGAAGGAGCCUGGAAGAGAGGCUACACGGGGAAGAACAUCGUGGUGACCAUCCUGGACGACGGCAUCGAGAGAACCCACCCUGACCUCAUGCAAAACUAUGAUGCGCUGGCGAGUUGUGACGUGAAUGGGAAUGACUUGGAUCCAAUGCCUCGUUACGAUGCAAGCAAUGAGAACAAGCACGGGACCCGCUGUGCUGGAGAAGUGGCAGCCGCUGCAAACAACUCUCACUGUACUGUUGGAAUCGCUUUCAACGCCAAGAUCGGAGGGGUGAGAAUGCUGGACGGAGAUGUCACAGACAUGGUGGAAGCCAAGUCAGUCAGCUUCAACCCCCAGCAUGUGCACAUAUACAGUGCCAGCUGGGGCCCGGACGACGACGGGAAGACCGUGGACGGGCCAGCUCCCCUCACCCGGCAAGCUUUUGAAAAUGGUGUUAGAAUGGGGCGGAGAGGCCUGGGCUCUGUGUUUGUCUGGGCAUCUGGCAAUGGCGGAAGGAGCAAAGACCACUGCUCCUGUGAUGGUUACACCAAUAGCAUCUACACCAUCUCCAUCAGCAGCACAGCGGAAAGCGGCAAGAAACCGUGGUACCUUGAAGAGUGUUCGUCUACACUGGCCACCACCUACAGCAGCGGAGAGUCCUACGAUAAGAAAAUAAUCACUACAGAUCUAAGGCAGCGAUGCACGGACAACCACACGGGGACGUCCGCCUCAGCCCCCAUGGCUGCGGGCAUCAUUGCACUUGCCCUGGAAGCCAAUCCGUUUCUGACCUGGAGAGACGUACAGCAUGUUAUUGUCAGGACUUCCCGUGCGGGACAUUUGAACGCUAAUGACUGGAAAACCAAUGCUGCUGGUUUUAAGGUGAGCCACCUCUACGGAUUUGGACUGAUGGAUGCUGAAGCCAUGGUGAUGGAGGCGGAGAAGUGGACCACUGUGCCUCAGCAGCACGUGUGUGUGGAGAGCACAGACCGGCAAAUCAAGACAAUUCGCCCCAACAGUGCAGUACGCUCCAUCUUCAAAGCCUCAGGUUGCUCUGAUAAUCCCAACCACUAUGUCAACUACCUGGAGCACGUGGUUGUGCGUGUCACCAUCACCCAUCCCCGGAGAGGAGACCUGGCCAUCUACCUGACCUCACCCUCAGGAACCAGAUCCCAGCUUUUGGCCAACAGGCUGUUUGAUCAUUCUAUGGAAGGAUUUAAAAAUUGGGAGUUCAUGACCAUUCAUUGCUGGGGAGAACAAGCUGCUGGCGACUGGAUCCUUGAAGUUUAUGAUACUCCCUCCCAACUGAGGAACUUCAAGACUCCUGGUAAAUUGAAAGAAUGGUCCUUAGUCCUCUACGGCACAUCAGAGCAGCCGUACUCCCCAACCAACGAAUUCCCUAAGGUGGAACGUUUCCGAUACAGCCGUGUUGAGGACCCCACAGAGGACUACGGUGCAGAGGAUUAUGCGGGCCCCUGCGAUCCCGAGUGCAGCGAGGUGGGCUGUGACGGGCCCGGACCAGACCACUGCAGUGACUGUUUGCACUACUACUACAAGCUGAAAAAUAAUACCAGGAUCUGUGUCUCCAGCUGCCCCCCAGGCCACUACCAUGCUGACAAGAAGCGGUGCAGAAAGUGUGCGCCCAGCUGUGAGUCCUGCUUCGGGAGCCAUAGUGACCAAUGUCUGUCCUGCAAAUAUGGCUACUUCUUGAAUGAAGAAACCAACAGCUGCGUUGUCCACUGCCCUGAUGGGUCCUAUCAAGACACCAAAAAAAAUCUUUGCCGGAAAUGCAGCGAAAAUUGCAAGACAUGUACUGAACCCCAUAACUGUACAGAAUGCAGGGAUGGGCUAAGCCUGCAGGGAGCCCGGUGUUCUGUCACCUGUGAAGACGGAUGGUACUUCAAUGGCCAAGACUGCCAGCCCUGCCACCGCUUCUGCGCCACCUGCGUUGGAGCAGGUGCUGACGGGUGCAUUAACUGCACGGAGGGUUACUUCAUGGAAGAGGGCAGAUGUGUGCAGAGCUGUGGCAUCAGCUACUACCUAGACCAGUCUGCAGAGCAUGGAUACAAAUUCUGCAAGCGAUGUGACACCAGUUGUUUGACGUGCCAUGGCCCAGGGUUCAAGGACUGCACCAGCUGCCCCAGCGGGUACCUGUUAGACCUAGGGACAUGUCAGCUGGGAGCCAUCUGCAAAGAUGGAGAAUACACUGAUGAGCAUGGCCGCUGCCAGGCCUGUGAUGCUUCGUGUGCCAAGUGCCGGGGGCCGAGCCAGGAAGAGUGCACCAGCUGCUUCCGCACAAGGGUUUUGGAUGACGGCCACUGCGUUUUGAACUGUCCCUCAUGGAAAUUUGAGUUUCAGAACCGAUGCCACCCAUGCCACCACACCUGCCGUGGAUGCCGAGGAAGUGGACCUUCCAGCUGCACCUCCUGCGGGGCAGACAAGCAGGGUCGAGAGCGCUUCUUGCACCAGGGGGAGUGUCUAGAGAGCUGCCCAGCCGGCCACGCCCCUGCCCAGGGCCACACCUGCCUGCCCUGCCCGGACAACUGUGAGCUCUGCCACCACCCACACAUCUGUACCAGAUGCGUUAGCGGCUAUGUUCUGGGACCCACCAACAGCACCUGCGAGAAGCUGGAGUGCGGGCAAGGUGAAGUCCAAGAUUCAGACUACGAGGAAUGCUUGCCUUGUGAAGAAGGGUGUCUGGGGUGCACCUCAGAUGACCCAGGAACUUGUGCCUCAUGUGCCGAGGGGUAUCGCAUGUUUGAGCACCGCUGCUACCGAGCCUGCCCGGAGAAGACCUUCGCUGAGGAGCGGGAGUGCAGGGCCUGCAGCGCCCACUGCGGCAGCUGCAGCCGCCACGAGUGCUUCUGGUGCGAGCAGAGCUUCUUCUUGCUGGGUGGCCACUGCGUGCGCGAGUGUGGGGCAGGCUUCUACGGAGACGCAGACCUGGGAGAGUGCGAGCCCUGCCACCCGGCCUGCGAGAGCUGCACAGGCCUGGGCAGCGACCAGUGCAGCAGCUGCCGGACAGGACUGAGACUGCUGCAUGGGACAUGCAAGCCGCAGCCCCCAAAGGAAGCUGUGUCCACCACAAACCCAUCUUUGGUGAAGAACCUGCUGCAGGAACGACGAAGGCAGAAAGUUCAAAUCAAAAGAGAUGUUUUGAGAAAACACCAGCCUUGCCAUCCUUCCUGUAAAACCUGCAAUGGGUCUGCAGAGCUGUGCACUUCCUGUCCGAAAGGUGCUUAUCUGUUGGCCCAGGCCUGCGUCUCCUCCUGUCCCCAAGGCAUGUGGCCUUCAGACAGGAGUGGCAGCUGUGAGAACUGCACGGAAGACUGUGCCUCUUGCUCCGGGGACGAUCUUUGCACGCGGUGUCGCGCUCAGCCGGACCAGCCGCUCUUCCUGCACGGAGGCAGGUGCUACCACAGCUGCCCUGAGGGCUUUUAUGCAGAAGAUGGCACCUGUGAGCGCUGCAGCCCUCCCUGCAGAACAUGUGAAGGGAAUGCCACCAACUGUCACUCGUGUGAAGCAGGCUUCGUGCUGGCCCAAGGAGCGUGCCUGAAGACCUGCCCUGAGAGGCACGUGGCUGUAGAGGGGGUGUGCAAGCCCUGCCCCGAGCAGUGUCAGGACUGCAUCCACGAGAAGAUAUGCAAAGAGUGCCUGCCUGACUUCCUCCUGCUGGAUGGCGUGUGCCGGCAGUCCUGUCCCCAGGGCUUCUACCCUGACCUGCAGCAGUGUGUCCCCUGCCAUGAAGCCUGUCUGCAGUGCAGUGGCCCCAAGGCGGAUGACUGUGAGCUCUGUGCUGACCGCUCCAUGAUCCUCUAUGACGGGCUGUGCAUAGACCAAUGUCCCGAGGGGACUUACUAUGAAGAAGAGGCCGAGGAAUGCAAAGCUUGCCAGGAGUCCUGUCUCACGUGCUCAUCACCCAGGAGCUGCACAGCCUGCCAGGAAGGCAUGCAGAAGAACAGCCACGGGACCUGUGUGGCUCCCAAAGAAUGUGCCGCCAUCGAGUACUGGGACGAGGACACGCACAGGUGCAAGCCCUGCCACAGGAGGUGCUUCCACUGCACGGGGCCCGCGGAGGACCAGUGUCGCAGCUGCCCGCGGAGCAGCCUUCUUCUGAACACCACCUGCGUGGACAGCUGUCCAGAGGGCUACUUCACCGAUGAGGACAGACACCGCUGCACCCCAUGCCACAGCUCUUGCAGGACCUGCGAAGGGACACACAGCAUGCAGUGCCUCUCCUGCCGAGCAGGCUGGUUCCAGCUGGGCAGAGAGUGCCUGCUCCAGUGCAGGGAAGGGUAUUACGCAGACAAUUCCACUGGACGGUGUGAGAAGUGUGACAGGAGCUGCAAGGCCUGUCGGGGCCCACACCCCACGGACUGCCUGUCCUGCGAUCCCUAUUUCUUUCUUCUCCGCUCCAAGGGAGAGUGCCACCGCACCUGCCCAGACCACUACUACGCAGAGCAGAGCCUGUGGACCUGUGAGAGAUGCCAUCCCACCUGCAAGGAAUGCGAAGGAAAAGGAGCAUUGCGCUGCUUGUCCUGUGUGUGGAACUACCACCUCAUGGGAGGAAUUUGCAGCCUGGACUGUCUUGUGGGGAAAUACCGAGUGGGAGAGGGAGAGAAAUUUACCUGUGAAAAAUGCCACGGGAGCUGCAUGGAAUGCAAGGGACCCGGCCCCAAGAACUGCACUGUGUGCCCUGCUCCCCUGCUGCUGUACCCCGAAGACAGCCGCUGCCUGCAGUGCUGCAAUGCCUCCCACCCCACCCCUGGCCAGGAGUGCUGUGACUGCCAGGAAAGCACAGAGGAGUGCCUCCUUCGCACCUGGCCUGCCUCGGAGCGCGCCAAGACGGCCCUGCUGGUCACCUCCUCGCUGGCGCUGGUGCUUCUGCUGGGGGCGGCUGUGGCUGUCUGGAGGAAGUCUCGGGGCCGCACCCAGCCCGUGCUAAGGGCCCGCUAUGAAAAACUGGCGGACCCUGCGAGGUCUUAUUCCCACAAGAGCAGCGAUCGUGAGGCCAGCAGCUUUGAAGAGGACCAGAUAAUUGAGUACAGGGACAGGGACUACGACGAGGACGAUGACGAUGACAUUGUCUACAUGGGCCAGGAUGGCACUGUCUACCGGAAGUUCAAAUACGGGCUGCUGGACGAUGACGAGGUGGAGCUGGAGUACGACGACGAGAGUUAUGCCUACCGGUAACUGGACCGCCGCCCAGAGCCCUGAUGGGUCGGUUUUAUCCCCCGCCGGGCUUCUGUGUGCCUGCCGUCUUCUUCACUAUGAGUUCAAUGAGAAUGUGUAAGAAUUCUGAAAUAUUUUGUGCUUCUUUUGAGUGGCUACACUGCAUUAACAAUUCCUCUUCAAUCAUAAUUGAGGGUCAAGACAAAACAUGAAGGCAUUUCCCUCGAAACAGAGUGUCAAGACCACAAAAUGCAAGAAGCAAAAUAAGUGUGAUUUGUAAAAACUGUGAUGUGAUUAACAAUACUGCGGGGUGGGGGGGACUUAUAGAAAUUCUGUUUCCGGGGUGCAUUGUGGAGACAAGUGCUGCUUUCCAGAAUUCUGAUAUUUCUUUAACUGAUUGUGGGGGGCAGGGGUACAAGAGUGUUGGUGCAGGAGGCUGUUCCUCUUCCCUUGAGCUUUGUGCAGGCUAUGUGUUUGUGAAGACCAAGAAAAGAGGGUUCUCAUCCUCUUUAGCAGAGCUCCGCAGAGAGCAGAGGACAUCCCUGCUCAGCCGGCUCUGGGGUCAGUUAGAGGAGAGAAGUAAAGAGAAGCAGGAUUGUAGCGGAGGUCCCAUGAGCUCACGAGGCCUUGGGUCCUCCCUGGGACCCUGGAGUCCAACAAUACCGAAGGCACGCAAGCUCAGGCCCGCAAGCCCAGUGUGAGGAAAGGACAGUGUUGCCCAGCAUCUCCCCCUUGUGAUUUUCUAAGAGCUUUUUCUGGUAGGAAAUUAAAAAAAAAAAAAUGGCAAUGUGAAACUCACAUAAAAUAGGAUAAAAUGGCAAACUCAGCCACCCUUUAAAAAAAAAAAAAAAAUCACUGCUGAGUCAGCAGAGCUUUCUUCCAUCCCGGUCACAGAAGUGUGGAUUUUCCAUAGAAAACAUUGAGACUAGUGGGUAACCUAAAAAAUUAAAAUAAACCCCAGUGUGCUGCUCGGAAACCAUAAUCCAUGGCUGAACAACCUUCCAACACCGAGUUGUCUUCCUGCUCUUCUGGUAAGUGUGCUCUUAGAGCCAUGCAGCUGGAAAUGGUUUUCCAGCAGACAGUGAGGCAGCGGGAGCGCCCUGGCUGCGGGAACAUAGGUAAGCAGAAUCUUACAGAUUUCCUCGUCAAAGAAGAGGUUAAAAGUAUUUCUAGGAGUGGACUACCACAAAGUGAAGCUCAUGUUUUCAGAUGGUGGUGGUGCUCAUGGCAAAAUAUAUUAUAUACCUACUACAUUCCUCUAAAAACAGUCACAUCAUUUACCCACUCAAUACCAGAAGUCUGACAUGUUGGUAUCAUUGUUACUCAUUUCUGUGAGAAGCCUAAGGCUUACAAGAGAAUAAGACACUAGCUUAAGGUCACAGAAAGCUAAUCAAGAUGCAAAGGAUAAGAAGUUAAAACACAUGUUCUUAAUAACUAUGCUCCACUGACACAAGAUGGGAAAAUAAAUACCCUAAAUAGAGUAAAAGCAUGUGUCUUACUCUAUUCUGUGAUAUCAGUAUCCUCCUAGGAGCUGAACAAUCUUUGUGAAAUACACACACACACACACACACACACACACACCACACACACGCACACACAUAUUCAAACACAACAUGUCACCAACUUUCAUGACCAAGAAGCCUUCAGUUUAUGGAAGUCUUGUGUUUCUUUAGCAGAAAGCUCUUCAACAAAGGGUCAGCAAAGCAUUGGUAGGUUUUUUGUAAAUACCUUAGGCUUUGUGAGCUAAAGGAUCUCUAUUACCUUCAACUCUGCUGGGGUCACGUGAUAAAGUAGCCAGUAUAAAAUGAAUGGUAAGCUGUGUUCCAAUCAAACUUUAUUUAUAGAUGGUGAAAUGUGAAUUUCCGAUAAUUAUCAUAUAGUCCUCUUUUGAUUUACUUCUGAGCAUUUACGAAUAUAAGAACAAAAACAAGGGAGGGUCAGGUAUCACCAACAGUGUGCAGUUUGCUGACCGUGGCUUUAAAAAUUCUUCAGAGAUCAUAGAUAUCACAUAUACAAAUGAUAUGCUUCCAUGAUUUUAAUUAUUCAAAAUUACCUGCUCAAAGUCCAUUUGAAGCCCUGAUGGUUUUCUUUUCCAUUCUUAAAAGUAUUUGUAAAAACUGCUUAUAAGGCAGCCAGCACUCUCAUGGGAGAGGCACCUCAUCUCUCGCUGUGUGGUUAUACCACCCGUCUAAGAAACAAGUAAUUUUGUUUGUACUGCGUUGUCCUUGAUAUUGUAAAAACUGAUAGACUGAGUGUGGCAUUUCUUCCUAUAGCCUGGAAAUCAUUUUCCCAAAAGAAAAUCUAUGUUUAUGACACACAGUCAAAGGUUGAAUGAGGUUGAAAUGACCUGAAAUGCUAAGAACACUGUGUUACUUUUUAUGUGACCUGCAAUAAAAAGAAGCCUCAA